AUGACAUCUCAACAGUUCAAAUGUGCAAUAUGUACUAAAGACAUUCCCUGCUCGGUUAAAUCUAAAGUUAUUGCGAAUAAAAUCUAUUGCAGUAAUUGCAUCGUAUCAUCGAAUUCUAACAACAAAAUAUCAUUAAAACCACAAAAUACAGCUGCAUCCAGUAACAACCCAUAUCGCGAAGAAAUGGAUGGAAAGCAACCAUCAUACAUUGUGAACGAAUCAGGCAUAAUUAAAAAUGGACACGCACCUACACUUGUUACUGAUCAUCCUAAUUCUGUUGAGUAUGUAGAACCUGAUGUACAUUCCAUAAUUGCAGAGGUCGAUGCUGAGAAUCCAACGGUCGAUAACAUAUUUCAUGAUUUGAGCAAAGAUAUGAAUAUUGUUGUAUGUGGUCCACCAAGGGCUGGAAAAAGCACAUUAAUUAAUGCCAUAUGCGGACGAGAAGUUCCAGCAAGUUCAUUCGUAAGAGUUGAACAUCUACAGUGGCUUCUACGUUUAUGCAUGGAAAAGCAUAUAUUUUGUGCUCUGGUUUGUACAUACAUGUACGCAGGUGACUUAAGUAGUCGAAAAGCUGUUUUAGAUAACUAUGAUAGACCAUUAUCAAGAUAUAUUACUGAUUCACCAAGAGAAGACAACGGCGUAAAGUUUUAUGGUAACAUUGGUUUGACUAUUGCUGUCAAUAGCCAACCAUUUUAA